GGGGGGGGGUUUGCUGUGUUUACAUUGCCCAUUAAGGUUUCUUGCCUCGAUCACCCCUCUCUCUCCAUUCUCCUCUUUUCCUUUCAUUUCCUUUCAUUUCCUCCAUCGUCCGUUUUUUUUUUUCACACCAUGGAAAACACCUCCACAACCGAGUCUCGCCCAAAGCCCAUGCUCAACACCCCUAAACCUGCGGCCGUACCUACGACGCUCUCAGGAAAGCUGCGAGCCAAGCUCCCAAGCCGGGGUUGGAUGAUCUUCUGGGCCACCGUCGGGUCCAUUGGAGGACUCGUCACUCGGGAUCACUACUUGACGGUCGCAGCCAAGAAGCGUGUGGCGGAUAAGGUGGAUGUGCUCGCAAAGCAGCCUUGUGCGGUUCAGGAAAUGCCUCGGAAGGUCACGGUGUAUAUUAUGCCACCCCCCGGCGAUGGGAUCCAUAAGACUCGGCAUUAUUUUAAGCAGUUUGUCAAGCCUGUGUUCGACGCUGCUGCUGUGGAUUACGAGGUCAGGGAGGCCUUGAAUGAGGGCCAGGUCCGGUCGAUGGUGGCUGCCGAUAUCCGGAAGAAGCGUCAGAUCGCCGCAGGAAAGACCCCGGCCUCGUCAGAACAGGGCCAGGACGCACCCGUGGCCCCGCUAAAGUCGCAUUCGGAUGGAAUCGUCGUCUUGGGAAGAGUCGCACUCGGCGAGGUCUUGAAGGGCUAUAACGACGGAUGUCUUCAGAGUCUGGAGGAUCCCGAACCCGUGGUCGUGGCGGAAAUGGUCCCGGAAGUAUCAGCCAAGGACGAGGGUGCUUUAUUAUCGACAGAGGCUACUGGGUCGGUCGAGUCCACAGGAGAUAAGGGUACCACGAACGAGGAUGGGGUAACAAUCGCGGCAAGCACUGCAUUAUCAUCCACAGCAACACCAUCAUCAACAACAACAUCAUUAUCAUCAUCAUCACCAUCAUCAGAAACAGCAACAGGAACAGAAACAGCAACAGAAACAACAGAAAAGGUGGAUGCAAAGAAGAAGGAGGCAGAAGCAGCACCAGCGCCCGUCAAGAUCCCUCAGGACGAAGCUUAUUUCUCAUUGCCGGCCUCAGGAUUGGAGCCCAUUGGAUAUAUCCCCUUCAAGAACCUGGUCGGCUUCCGCAAUUUCCACAAGAAGCUGUUUGCGCUGUUCAAUUCUUACGACUGUGUGGAGUAUGCUGGAGGCGCGGUGAUGAAGAUUGCGUUUGCAGAGACCAAGGAUAUGCAGAAGGAGGAUCUGGAUAUGGGAAAGGAUGAGGAGCCGUUGUUCAAGAAGUACAGGGGACCGGUCGAGAUUGAUAUCCUGGACAGGGUCAGGGAGAACGUGAAGAUUUAUGUGACACCCGAACACAUCCCCGAGCCCAGGAAGGUAGAAGAGGAGGACGGACUGAUGCAGCAGUAGCAGUAACAGUAGCAGUAGCAGCAGCGAUAGCGAGAGGGAAGAAGGGAGGAAGGGAGACGCUGCAUUGGUUAUAUACAGCAGAUAAUAUUAUGGAUCAUACAUAGAAGAAAAUAAGACACACUCCAAAUAUUUCAAGCUUGA